AUGCCCAUCCAAACACUCAAUUCGGACUUCAGCACCACUUUCAUCAUGCUUAGAGUUUUCACCGAAAACAGUAUCCACCGAAUCAACCUCUUUGCUACCGAACACUGGCACCGAGACACGAGCUUUACGGUUGCCGCCGGCAUGCGCGUCAUUACGGAGGGCAGCCAUGGACCGCGAGGCGACUUCUUUAAUUUUAUCCACUUUCUUAAUGCCGUGCGCGGCAUGGCGAGCAGCCGCCACGCGAUGCGGGAGCUUGACUUGAUAGUCAGUGUCUUUGACCGUGACCUCGUCACGUUCCAGAGUGCAUUGGAACGAGGAUCUGCGGACCGUGUUCCCCAGUGUGCUCAACGCGAUGCCAUUGCAGCAGUCUACACCAUUAUAAAUGGGGAGCAACGCGAGCGGUUUGAUAUAACCUCGUGGUAUAUUGAGCAGAUCGAGAAGGCUAUUUAUGGGGAGGACGAUUCCAUUUACGUUUCCUCUGACAGUGGGACCGAUGACAUGCCACUUUUGGAAGGCGAGAACGAGGCCAGGGAUGAAGGCGAGCCGGAACAGGAUGUCACAGAGGUGAUUCCAGACAGUGGUUUGCAGUGGGGCAUUAGGAGCGGGCGUCGGGUGUAA